CUGCUGCUGCUCUCCAGGCGCGCAGUGCCAUCACCAAACUUUGAUGCGCUGUAACCUUCAUAAAGGAAACAAAACAACCCAGACUGAAUACAUUUUUUUUCAUUCAAUUCAUUUUUUAUAGGGUGUAAAAUUCGCUAUAUCCGGGUGGAUCAAGGUGUCAAAAAUGGAAAUAACUCCGGUUGAGAUAUUCAAAGAAGACAACAAUAAGUGCCUCUCCGCGCUGUUGGAGGACUGUCCGGUGAAUUCUUCAGCCUGGGUGUCCGGAUACUUGGAGAGUCGUAAUGUGACCCACGAUGAUAGCUGGGAGGCGGAGGGCAUGUCUCCCAUCAUCCCCAUCAUCACUGCAGUCUACUCCGUGGUGUUUGUGGUCGGCUUGUUGGGCAACUGCCUCGUCAUGUAUGUCAUCAUCAGGUACACAAAGAUGAAGACAGCCACCAACAUUUACAUUUUCAACUUGGCCCUCGCCGACGCCCUCGUCACCACCACGAUGCCCUUCCAGAGCACGGACUACCUGCUGAAUACUUGGCCUUUUGGCGAGGUAGUCUGCAAGGUCUUUAUCUCCAUCGACUACUACAACAUGUUCACCAGUAUCUUCACCCUCACCAUGAUGAGCGUGGACCGCUACGUGGCCGUGUGCCACCCAGUGAAAGCCCUGGACUUCCGCACUCCGAUCAAAGCCAAGAUGAUCAACGUGUGCAUUUGGAUCCUGUCUUCGGCCGCGGGAAUACCUGCUUUCAUCCUCGGCGGCACGCAGACGAAGAGCGACAUCACUGAGUGUGCCUUACAGUUCCCGGAGCCUUACGUGUACUGGGACACACUGAUGAAGAUUUGCGUGUUUGUGUUCGCCUUCGUCGUGCCUGUGCUCAUCAUCACCGUGUGCUACUCCCUCAUGGUCCUGAGGCUGAAGAGCGUCCGGAUGUUGUCCGGCUCGCGGGAAAAGGACCGCAACCUGCGGCGGAUCACGCGGCUGGUGGUGGUCGUGGUGGCUGUGUUCGUGGUCUGCUGGACGCCCAUUCACAUUUUCAUCCUGGUCAAGGCUCUCGUGAGCAUACCGGAAACAACCGCCAUCAUGGCCGCCUACUUCUUCUGCGUGGCUCUGGGCUACACAAACAGCAGCCUGAACCCUGUCCUGUAUGCCUUUCUGGAUGAGAACUUCAAACGCUGCUUCAAAGACUUCUGCCUCUCGGCCAAACUGAAGGGGGACAAGGUGUCUGGGAGCAAGAAGAACCCCAGCAGCGUGCGGGGGGCCGCCAUUCCCCUGGAGAACCCCGACGGGACUAGAAAGCCGACAUGACUAGCGGUGGAACUGUCUUCGAUUUCCCACAUUGGAAAAGAAGACUCACAUGACUUGGGCCUAACCCAUGUCACAUCCACAAUGUAGUUUUGACUCUAUUAGAUUAUUUUCAUUAUCACUUGGGGUUUAAUAUUUACAAGAUUUAUUUUCAGAGAUCAAAUGAAAAUCUCACCUUAUGAGUGUGUUCCAUGUUGACUCAUUUUUCCCUCAUGGCAGUCGUCAUAAAGAUUGUGUAUUUAGGUGGAAGAGAAUUUGGUUUAAAAGCACAAUAUGUCAUUUUCUGCCGCUGGAGGUCUUUCAAUCAAAACAAUAGACAGAGUGUCAGUAUGGUCGAGCUGCGGCCUGUAGCAGUCAGCUUCUCCCGGUUGGGAUUCCUUAACUGUUCGUUGUUCAGGAGGUUUUUACCAAGAGCCAAAUUAUCUGCAGAGGUCUCCUCCUCACCAAAACAAAUGGACCUGUGGAUUAAGACAGGUAAAAACACUGAAUAAAGCAGAUUUACUUUAAAAAACAUUGUUUUUCUGAUGAUGUUUGGCAGACGGCUAUUAAUGGUUUCUAAGAUCUAGACGUUCAAUGACUAAAAUCUCAUCAUCCGGCUAAAAUAUAUAGUUAAAAAUGACCAAGAUCUAAAAAUGCAUCAUAAAAAUGUGUCUCAAAAUGGGAUCAAAAGUAAUUUUAUGACAGCAGCUGGCAGACAACACUGAUGCAUAUGCAAAGGGGAUAUGAGGUCACUGAGAGGCAACCUAAUGAAACAGACUGUUACCUUUCUUAAAAUGACAAAUUAUUCUUGGUUUUGGAAAUUGUUUGGAACAUUUGGCAUAAUAAUAAGAACACAACUUAUUACAAAACAAGUCUUGUACAUACUUUGAUGUUGAAAAGUUAUAUAUUUUACCUUUAAGCAGGAAAUAAGGCCAAAUUGAAUUCAAGUUUGUCUUUAAAAAGACAAAAACUGAACUUUAUUAAUAAUAAAAAGUAUUUACAUGAGUGGGACAUCCCGAGACCAUUUGGCACAUAUAAAACAAUACAAACAAUAUUCAAUAAUGCCAAAAUUCUCAGGAAAAUUGUUGAUUAUUUCAGCGAAAGAAUUUUAAAGGGAUGGAUUAAAAUUGUGACAUGAUUCUCUCCUUCGCAGUUUACUUGUUACAUCAGUGUUUAUGUAUAUCAAUUUAAUUGUAUUUUGUUUAUUUUUUCAUGUCAUUUCCUCCUAUAAUGUUAAAAUUUCUAUUGCCAAAUGUGCCUUUAACAGUCCAGGAUACAAACGUUUGUUGCCGCAGAAAAUGAUUUCAGACGUGAAUACUAAAUGGGGUCAAACAGCACUUCAUGUAUAAAGUGCUUUUAUACAUAAACAUGUCGGUGAUGGCUGCAUGAAUCACUGACAGCAGAUAUGUGCCAAAAACCUUUUCACCUCAGUGAAGAGUAUAGAUUGUGCUGAUUGACCGCAGUAUGAGAGAACUGACUCAUGUUGGACUUUGAAGUGUUUACUGGGAGGUAAACAACAACAACAACAAACAACUCGGCUGCAUUGAAGCAAGUUAAUCGAUGAGAAAAGUUAUAAAAUCCUGGACUUGAAUGUGCUUUUAAAAUUUGACAGAGGGCUCUCUAUCAGCUUUGACUCUGGAGUUGUUUCCAGUUUGAUAAGUUGUUUAAUUUAUGGUAAAUAAUUGAAUCACAUGUGCUUUGUGUGGCUCUUACAAUGCACACAUUACUGAAACUCUCAUUGUAAUGUUCUCAUCAGUCCAAUCUGAAAACAUGAAUCGCUGCUUAAACCAUUAAACGGUUUAUUAUGUCAGCUGUACAGUAUUAUAGUAUGUAGACAUUAUUUUAUAUAGAUGAGAAGAAAAAGUUUGCACAGACAUCAUUAAAAUAUACUGUAUUUGUAGCAUGUGAAUUAUCAUUGCUAUAAUAUUAAAGCAGCAUCGGCAGCCUGUAUGCUUGAUGGACUGUGCUGUUAUUUUGAAUGUACUGAAAAUAAACUUUGUAUUAUACAAACAUUCAUACUCAUCGUAAAAACUCAUCUAUUUCAUUAGAACUAAUAUUUAUGAAACACAUUUUAUAUAAUAAGCAUUCUGUUUGGUCUCUAAACCAGAGCUUUGUGGGUUUAAAGAAACUUUUUAAAGUCAAGUAAUCUCUAUGUGUACUGGCAUAAAACAGAUAAAGCGACUUGACAACAAAAAUAAGAGACAUUAUUCGAAGAAAAUACACUGUGACCAAGACAUCUUUUUCUUUCCAGUCUUUGUGCGUACUGUCAAAACCUGCUGCUGUAUAUUGGCUUUGUCUGCUGUCAGCUGACACGCAGACACAUUGAUCAGAACAUCCUGUGUGUGAAGUGGUUGAUAUUAAAGCAAGUUUAACAAAUCCACAUUGAUUCUCUUCUCUUGUUGUUGUCAGUUUUUAUUUGUGAACUCUCUGCAGUGCGUACUGCCAGAAACGUCUUUCUGUCAUUG